AUGCCAGACACAAGAGGUGGUGUGUCUGCCUUAGCGGGGGUAAAGCCCCUGGCCUCUGUUGCUGCAGCAGAACAGCGCAGCAGCAGCAGCCGAAGCGGGGGCAAGAAGAAGAGCCACCAUCACCACAAGAAGCGCCGCCGCACGAGCAAGCACAGCCACCGCAGCAGCAGCAGCAGCAGCAGCAGUAGCAGCAGCAGCAGCAGCAGCGAAAAUGAGCAGGAGGAGGAGCUGCCUUUUUUCAUGAUGGACUCCACCAUUCGUGCUGCAGUGGCCGAGCGGAAGAAGCAGCAGAAGCAGCAAAAGAAAGAAGCGAAGCGGCAGCAAAAGGCAGCAAAAAAGGCAGCAAAAAAAGAGGCCAAGCGCCUCAAGAAACUUCAGAAAAAGGGGAAAAAAGAUGAAGCAGCAACCAGCAGCAGCAGCAGCAGAAAGCGCAAGAGGGAGAGAGAUAGCAGCGACAGCAGUGGGGAGGACAGCGACAAUCCCCGCAAGAGCCCGAAGUCGCCGAAGCAGCAGGACUAA